CCGAUUUUGAAGAAAUCGCAGACCUAGAACUGUUUUUUGGAAUGUUAUACGCAUGCGUUACUUUCAUGUUAUUUCAAACAACAUUAAAGUUUUGAAACCUCGUGGCGCACGUAAUAAAUAUAAAUUCAACUUAUUUUCAAUACAUUUUCCUAAUUCGGGUAUUUAUUCUUGACUGUGAAAUGAAUGAAGAUAGUUGUUCACUUGAAUUAGAACUUCCACAAAAAACAAUGAUGGCAGUUGACUCUACUCUUUCUGUUGAAAAGCAUUUUUUUGCCACAUUUUUUUGGAGUACCAUUUAUUGUAUCAGCUCUAACAAAACUUGACUGUCAACAUGGAAAAGACAGAAAUAUUAAAGCAAAAGCUCAAUACAGACAAAUGAGAAAUAAAAAAGCUAGUACCGAUCAUUACUGUCAAAAAAGUAGAGUUAUUCUUCAGGAUACUAAAAAGUUUGAUUGUCCUGCCAUUGUGUAUAUAAAAGAAAUUGUAGAGUUUCCAGAGUUUAAGCUUUUAAGAAAUUCUUUACGGUUAAGAAAUAAAACAUCUAAAAAACUCUGUGUAUCCUUAGCUAAGUCAGAAAAUGUACAUAAGUCCAGAAAGUAUAUUUUAUUAUUGCCUGAUAUUUCUGUUCAUAGGAACCAUCCAGUUGUUGAGACUGCAGGAAUCAAUCUAUUUCUGAUGAUCUCAUAGUAAAAAUUGGUGACCUGGUAAAAAAG